AUGGGUCAUAUGACACUUUGUGAUGAGAAUUCGAUUGGUGGCAUAUCAUAUUUUCUUCCACACCAUGGUGUAUUAAACGAGCAAAGCCAAACAACUAAACUUAGAGUUGUCUUUAAUGGGUCUGCUUCUACUGAUACUGGUGUGUCACUGAAUGAUAUCCAACAUACUGGGCCGGUCAUUCAGGAUGACUUAUUGGAUAUUCUGCUUAGGUUUAGGCAGUUUAACGUGGUUGUUUGUGCGGACAUUGAAAAAAUGUAUCGUAUGGUCUGGGUGGUUUCAGAACAGAGAUGUCUUCAAAAAAUCUUAUGGAGAAGAAAACCUGAUGAAGAUGUUCAGGAGUAUACUUUAAAUACUAUUACCUAUGGUACCAGGUCAGCAGCUUACUUGACCAUACGCUGUUUGAAGCAGUUAGGAUUGGACAAUCUUGAAGCACGUCCAGAGGCUUCUAAUGUUAUAUUGCAUGAAUUUUACGUGGAUGAUAUGCUCUAUGGAGAGUCUUCUGUUACUGAAAUGAUUGAUGUGUGUAAACAAGUUAAAGAAAUUCUUGGAGGUGCUGGAUUUAAUUUAAGGAAGUGGAUAUCAAAUCGGCCUGAGGUCAUUGCUGGUAUUCAAGGAUCGUCUAGUCCAGAGGAAAAUGUAAUUUUUGGAGAAAAGGAUUCCAAUAAGACAUUGGGUUUGUAUUGGUCUUUUAAAAAGGAUGUGUUAAUAUAUUAUAUAAAUUUUCCUACCAAUGUUUCUAAAGUAAACAAACGUAGCAUCCUCUCAGAUAUUUCAAAAAUCUUUGAUCCUCUUGGGUUAUUAAGCCCUAGCAUAGUUUUGGUAAAAAUUUUGUUGCAAAAACUAUGUGCAGUUAAAAAAAAGGACGAAUCUUUGCCUUCAAACUUAGAUUUUUAUUGGAGAAAGUUAAGAAAAAAAUUCUUUGUUUUAAAUGAAUGCGAGAUUGAACGACAAGUUAUAUGUUUGGAUCCAGUGGAGAUCCAAAUACACGGAUUUUGUGACGCCAGUAUGGAAGCCUAUGGUGCUUGCGUGUAUAUAAGGAGUGUCGAUAAAAAUGGUUGUGUCAAGAUUUCAUUAAAUUCUGGGAAAUCAAAAGUGGCACUACUUAAAUCAUUGACCAUUCCUCGACUAAAGCUAAGCGGAGCUUUAGUGUUGGUACACCUUGUUGAAAGAAUUAAAACUUGUAUGUCUGUUAAGUUUGAUGCUAUUUUUCUAUGGUGUGACUCGACAGUGGUUCUAAAUUGGAUUUCGACAUCUCCGCAUCUGUUGCAAACCUUUGUUUCUAAUCGGGUUGCCCAGAUCCAAGAAAAAACAGAUGUAAGUGACUGGUGA